GGCCUGGCUCAAGAAAUUUCCUUCUCAUUAAGUUGAGUGGGAGGAGGGGAAAUACCUUUCCCCACAUUGACUCCUCCUACCCCAAAACACCAUGUGCUAUGCUUAUUCGUGGUAUCUGAGCUCUCAGUCUCAGCACAUCACUGUAGAUGUAUAAAUUCCACACAGGGAGACCAUCUCUGGUGAUAGGCCAUGUAAGGUGGGGCUAUAUUUGCCUGGUUGUGUACACUUAGGGCUCAUAAAAGGGAACCUUAGGGAGCGGAAUUAUGGGGAAAGGGCACAUUGUGCAAACACCCUUUUUCCAGGACACACACAUGGGGACUGGAGCACAUGACUAUCACUUCUCCUAUCACCCCAACAUGUUCCUCUCCUUUGAUAUAUUAAAAAUUGCAGAACAGCAGUAGAAAUCAGAACUCUGCUAGAUAAAUUAAAUAACGAAAUAAUACAGAAACCAGAAAAAAAUCAGGGCAGCAGUUAAAUUGUAAAAAAGGAAAGGGAGGGGAACCUUGUCUGGCUCUCAGAUGAACAAUAAAUAUGGGGCACAAUUUUUCACACAUUCAAAGGCUGAGCCCUUGGCAUUUGGAAUGGGGUUCUAGAGUGCAGCACUGGCAAAAUGGAAGCCCUCCCUUCCAAGAGGAUCUGCAGCUCUCUGCCCCAACAAAUACCCUCUUCUAUCUCUUGAGGCUCCCACUUUUGGAUUGUCCUGCUCUGAAAAGUAAUAGACACUAUAGGCGUUGGUCCUUCAGAAUGUGGGCUUUCCUAUAAAGUUGUGCACAUUUUCUGUUUAGUCAGUCAUAUGAGCUCCUCCAGCUAGUCUGCAAACUGUUGUCAGGUUAAGUGGUUCUUAAAUAAACAGCACUUUAGCAGGGAAACUCAGGCCAAGCAGGUUCCCAGAUACUUGGCCAGAAACACUUCCUUUUCUUUGGUUUUCACUGGUCUGCCUUUCAAGACAGCAUCCAUCCCUUUUGCAUCCAGUCUCAUGGCUUCAGCCUGCCCUUCUUGGAUAGAAUUUCUGCAGCUGUUAACCAGCCUUAUGCCCUAUGACAGGCACCCCCAAACUUCCAGGGCCGUCUUGAGCAGAUCGCGCGCCCUGGUGCUGAGGGGCGGAGAUCGCUCCGCCGCCCGCCCCGCCCUUGCAGGGCGCAAUUGGUUUCCAUGCGGCUUUGCCGCGCGGCGCCCUCCUUGCCAGGCCGGUGCCCAGCUUACCAGCCCCCCGCCGUGGUGCACUGCGCCACCGGCGGUCUAUGUAGAGCCAGCCCUGCAAACUUCAGCCCGCCAGAUGUUUUGGACUACAAUUCCCAUCUUCCCUGACCACUGGUCCUAUUAGCUAGGGAUCAUGGGAGUUGUAGGCCAAAACAUCUGGAGGGCCGCACUUUGGGGAUGCCUGCCCUAUGAUAUGAGCAAAGGCUCAUGUCUUCCAAGUCAUAAAAUGAGAGGCCUUGGAUUUUUUGUUGAGGAAAGCUUGUUGCUUCUAGUGUGGAAUCAAAUGAGGACGUCAAUAUUAUGUCACCACAUUCCAGUGCGUCCCUCUACACAAGGAACCCUUAAUUGAAGGUAGAAGGUGUGUUGCCUGUCAGUGAUGAGCUUCGGGGAUGAUGGGUAAUAUGUAUGUUGGUGCAUACAAUUGGGUGCCCCGUGUCAGAGGGAAAUAGGUCCACCGUGAAAUCAUGGGAACUCAAGGGCAUGUUAAGAGUUAAGGAAUUGUUGAAACUGUUCAUGGCAGUGUUGUCGUGGUGUCUGCUAGCAGUGUGGACAUCCAGCUCUCAUGGUUUUUGCAAUUGCAAUGAACCAACUUUUUGCAGUUGGACCCCCAGUGUGUUUUUUAAAACUACUUUUAAUUUUGGGUGUAUUUUUUAAAAAUCCAAAAGAGAAGCCUUUUCAAAAGAAUUAGAAACUGAGAUUUAAAAGAGCACCCCAUUCUUGUGCAUGUGUGACAUUUAGUGGCAAACAUAACAAGCAUACUAUUUAUUUGAGUAGAUAAGUUUGAGUAGUACACAAUGCAGAAGUAUGCAGUUACCUCUUAGAGGCAAUUUUUAUUGUUCUAAGUCUUCAGAAAGUCCCUACGAGGUUCCCGAUUUCAGAGUCACUCAGUGUCAAAUUUGGUAAAAUCCCUUGGGAUGAAUGGCUUUAUAAUGCCAUGGCUCCUAGGACACUUUGAGGGAUGGGGAAAUCCAUGAUUAGAGUCGGUGCUAUUUUAGCAGCUUGCCAGCACGCAAAAGUGUUUCCGGACACUUCCAAGCCAGACCAGCUGUGUCCUCUUUCCUCCCUCUCUUGUUUAUGUGGGAGGAAGUGUGUGUGUCUCAGCUGAAGUCCUCAGUGGGAAAUGAGGAGCCAGAUUUUGUUCUGGGCGUGGUGUUCAUAUGUAGGAGUGUUGGGGGGUGGGGGAGAAAGACGUCAGCAGCCUCCAUACCUUCAGGGUUCAGAGGCCGUCGCCGCCUUCAUUUGGCAGAUUUGCCACCUGCAGCAGCAGCAGCAGCAGCACAGACAGCCUGGCAGACAAACGAGUGAGGGAUGUUGAUCUGGGAGGAGAAGAACACGCUGGAAUGGCUUCCAUCGCAGAUUGUUAAGCUGUUUGACUUCCCUCGGUUCCUGCUUACCCCAUCUCUUGGCAGAGAUGACGUGGUUCCAACUUCUGCUGCCUCAGCCAUGAGCUCUUCAGAGCACCCUCUGAACUAUCCGCCUGCAGCCCUGACCAAUGCUAGCCACAUUAUGGAGGACUGGAGCGAUGUGGCCCAAACUCCUUCGGAUGCUACCUCACUGAGGGCUGGACUGCUGCACAAUGCCAACAACAAUGCCUCCUCAGGGUCCUGGCGAGGCCUGAAGAGCCCUUCCCUUUCUUCUUCUGUCUCCCAUUCCAAACUAAGCUACCUGGAGCGUGUGGUCUUGGAGAUUGUGGAGUCGGAACGCAUGUACGUGCGGGAUUUGCGAAGUAUCAUAGAGAAUUACUUGGCGAAGAUCAUAGACACUCAAGAGCUGCUUCUACGGCCAGAACAAGUUAGUGCGCUCUUUGGGAACAUCGAGGAUAUCUAUGAACUGAACAGUGAGCUUCUGCAGGAUCUGGACAGCUGCCACAAUGACCCUGUUGCCGUGGCAAGAUGUUUUGUGGACAGGAGUCAGGAUUUUGAUAUCUACACUCAAUACUGUAAUAACUACCCUAACUCUGUGGCGGCUCUGACAGAAUGCAUGAGGAACAAACAGCUGGCCAAGUUCUUUCGCGAGCGGCAAGAGCAAAUCCGUCACUCGUUGCCCCUUGGCUCCUACCUUCUCAAGCCUGUCCAGCGCAUUCUCAAAUACCACCUGCUCCUUCAGGAGAUAGCAAAGCACUUCGACAUAGAAGAGGAUGGCUAUGAAGUGGUGGAAGAGGCGAUUGACACCAUGACCUGUGUGGCUUGGUAUAUCAAUGACAUGAAACGGAAGCACGAGCAUGCUGUGCGCCUGCAGGAGAUUCAGUCAUUGCUUAUAAACUGGAAGGGUCCUGACCUGACCACUUAUGGAGAGCUUGUGCUGGAGGGCACUUUCCGUGUCCAUCGGGUCAGAAAUGAGAGAACUUUCUUCUUGUUUGACAAAAUCUUGCUGAUAACAAAGAAACGGGGCGAUCAUUAUAUAUACAAAAGCCACAUUCCAUGCUCCUCCCUGAUGCUGAUUGAGAGUACACGAGACUCACUGUGCUUCACCGUCACCCAUUACAAGCACAGCAAACAGCAGUACAACAUCCAGGCCAAAUCGGGGGAGGAGAAGCGGGUUUGGACUCACCACAUCAAGCGCCUGAUUCUGGAGAACCACCAUGCCAUCAUCCCUCAGAAAGCCAAGGAAGCUAUCUUGGAAAUGGACUCAUACUAUCCUUCUCGCUACAAAUACAGUCCAGAGAGGCUGAAGAAGUCCUGGUCAUACCAACCUACAGAAGACAUUCCUCAGUAUGGCCGGCAGGGGCGCCGGCAAUCAGAGCCUUUCCGUGGCAAAAACACUGCUGAGAGGCUCCUAGAUGGACUCGAGCGUAAAGGCCGCAGGAAAUCUGAACCAACGAAACAGAUUCUCAAGCAACUGAGCAACAGAGGUGAGUGGCAUGCAGGCAGUGACGGAGCCCUUUUGGAGUUUGGGGAGCCCUCGCACCCCACCAACAGCUUGCCGCAGAAGCAGCAGCAGGAUCGGCAGGCCCUUCCCCAGGAAUCUCUGGAAGAGUUGGCUGAAAGCGAUGGCAGCGAGAAGGAUAUGGGGCUGGAGGAAGAAGACGAAGAGGAGGAGGAAGAAGAGGAGAGGCUGGUAGGAACAGAGCAGGUGGCAGACUUUGCAAGCUCCUUGAUGGCCGUCCUCCACUGCUGGCACUAUCGGGCCAACGCUUUGCUUUUCUCCUGGGGCAGCACGGCCAAGAGCCACAAGGCACAGGAAAGGCCCAAGCAAUACCAGUCGCCAGGCAGCAGUGGUGAGAAAAUCAGGGUCGGGGAUAAUGUCUCAUCUGUCCCAAAGGCGCGAUCAGCUCUCGAACUCAGCAUGGUCUUAGAAGCUUCUCCCCUUAAGGAAGAGUACCUGGAAGAGGGUCCUUCAGACCCCGAGUCUGUGGGCAACCCAGAGCCAGUCCUGGCAGGCCAGUGGGGGACCCUGAAUCAACAGCGUUCAGAUGGCCUGGAGCCCACUGAAAAUACCGAACUAAAGCCGCUUAGUAGUGAGGAGGAGGAGGAAGAAGAGGAGGAGGAAGAGGAGGACAGACGUGCACCCCAGACCAGAAGCAUCCUCCCUUUCUCCGUGCUGGAUCAGGCCAGCGUCAUUGCAGAGCGCUUUGCCAGCAGCCUCUCUCGCCGCAGCAGCCUGGCACUCGAGGAGGGCAAGGGCCACUUGACUCCAAAGCAGGCUAGCCGCAGUGGCAGCGUCUUGAGCCUGGACGGCAGUGAGAAGGCCGGAUGUCGCACGAACAGCACCACGGACUCCCUGCCGCAAGAGCCCCUGGGUGAGCCCAGCAGUGCCUGCAGCGGGGCUGCCUCGCCUGGACUGCUUGAGAUGGACCAUGCCUCCUGCAAGCGGAAGGAGUCCAUGCUCUCCCAUCAGGACCGGCUGCUGCUAGACAAGAUCAAGAGCUACUACGAUUAUGCGGAGCACCAGGAUGCCGGCUUCAGCGUCCGGCGACGGGAGAGCCUGUCCUAUAUCCCCAAAGGGAUGGUGAGGAAUUCCGUCUUCAGGAUCAACAGCCUUCCCCAACCAGAGCCUGAGCAGGAGGGGCUGAAGCACAAGAGGCCGGGGGGCCCUGCCAGUGGUGGGGCUGGCCCCACGGCAGCCUGGGUGUUGUCAAAUAGGCCCGCGGCUGGGCUACAGGCCCCCCGCUCCGAGGCAGCCUCUGUUGGAAGCCCCCUGCCCAUCACGGAAGUGGAGUUCAGGCCACCGGCUGAGAUGAUUAAAAUCUGGGAGGAGAUGGAGAAGCCCAGCAGAGAGGGCCGGAGUAGGAGGCUUGAAGAUGUCACUCGGCCAGGCACAGCGAACGGUCAAGUGCCCGGGGGCUCCUCUCUGCGGCACGCGGAGAGGCUCCGGGGCCAGGAGAACGGCUUUGACCUCCACGAGCCGCUUCUCAUCCUGGAGGACGAGGACCUUGGGUCCAUCACAGAGGAGUCGGUGGUGCCCUCGCCUGAGAGCAAGUCUCCCUUGGAGCGGGCUGUGCCUUCUAGGAAGCCCUGGAAGCUGGGCCAUGAGCUAGGGGGCUCUGAGCAAGAUCGGCAUCUCCCCCGCUUGCACCCCCGGAUAAUGCAGCUGGCCCACCUGACGGAGGCAGAGCUGGCGGAGAAGGUGAAGAACAAGGUCUACCAGCUGGCCCGCCAGUACAGCCUCCGAAUCAAGGGCCAGAAGCCUGCAGCACAUAGGAGGCUUGCUGAGCUGGAGGAGGAGAUGAAAGGCAAUACUUUGACUGUCCAGCAGGAGGCAGAUAAGAAAAGCAAGGGCAAACGGAAGCCAGCCUUGACCCUCCCCAAUACUUACGAGCAAGUAUUGUUGCAGGAGGCCAGCCCACUGGCUCUCACCCCAUCAUCAUCCUUGUCUCUGGAGAAGUCCCCCAAGCGCUUCUCUUUCAGCCCCUCCUCCAGCAGCCCGCGGCUUACCUCCCCCACCAGCAGCACCCUGUCUUGCAGCCCCCUCAGCCCCGUCGUAGCUGAGAAGUUCAACUGGCCAGACGUGCGGGAGCUCAGGUCCAAAUAUUCCUGUCCAUCAGGGAAUCAGAAGUGCAGGCCGCAACCCGUCAACAGGAGCCGCUCAGCCCCUGAAAAAAUGGUGGACACAGCUGGUAGAGCUCUGGAGGAGCACCAGUGCUCCAAGAGGAUUGUGAAGGCAGCGGACAAACCCCAGCAAGGGGGCAUGCCAGGCUGCAAAAGGGAAGCUCCACUGGACUCCAUCCCCCAGGGCCACGCCUGCCACGCGCACAAGGAAUUGAGCGUUACGGCCGAGACCUCUCUAGAGGAGAACCGUCAGCGAGUGGUUGUCAUGGAAAAGCUGCUGGAUGUGACUGUCGAUCCGGACGAGAGCUAUGUGCAGAUUCGCUCCCCUACUUCCCGGGAGAAGAUCUCUCUCAAGGCCGUGGUGGAGAGGUGCAAGGCCUACCAGGACUCGGAAGAAUACCGCAGGCGUGAGGAGGACCUCCAGGAAGCAGCUCCCCACAAAGCACUUCAGCAGGUUUGCCGGGAGAAAACAGACAGCAGCCAGCAGAGCCUGGUAAAGAACCUGAGGGAGAAAUUCCAGACCCUCAAUUCCAACAGUUGAGCUCCUAUGCCUGUUGCUCCCAUGCUGCUAAGCCCUCUUUUAUGAACUAGGAUGGUUCUGGAGUUGACGUCAUUUUUCUCCCCCAGCUUCUUGAGAGGAGAAAGGAUGGGUGACAGUCUCUUCUUCCUCCUCCUCCGGCCUGGAUUUCCACCUGGCUCAUUGUGCUCCAACCUUCAUGUCCAGCUGCCUCUACCCUCUGGGAAGUUGCUGAGCUCAUGGCUGUGCAUUCUGAGCCAGGUGGUUGCUGUCCUUCGUUGGCCGCGCUGUUGGGAAGUACUCUUCACACGUUUCCUGGAAGCACUGAGAAGCUUCCCAUCAGGACAGGCAUACCACAAAUCAGAGACUCCUUUGCAGCUACCCAUACGGUCCACCGAGAAAAGGUGUGUCCUUUCCCUUCAGGACCAAAUCCUAGCUUUGCCAAGCCAGAGCAGAAAUGAAUGAGCCUUCUGUUGCUCAGCCUCAUAGGAUAACCAUAAGUUAUUGUUCCAAAUUAUGUUUUGUCUUUACUUUUUUUAUUUUUAAAAGCGUGAUUUUACUGUGGCCGGCAGAGGGUUGAUCUGUUCUAAGACUCCAAGUUUGAUAGUAUAUAAUCUUAAUAAUACUGGUUGUGUACACAUUUCAGUCUGUACGCAUUGUGCAAUAACCACUUUUGACCAGAAAAUGUGGCUGUGGUUUCUUCACUUGGAGGGUGGGGGGAAGGGGGGGGAUUGCAGCCCAUGAUUUUUUACUGCAGAAGUAAGAUUGAGAAGAGUCUUGAGCAUCACAUAGCUCUCUUAAGUUCACCAGUGGCAUGGGCUAACACUAGUGUGGUUCUGAUCCACUAUAGUGCCAGGAGGUCUUAAAAGACCUGCACAUCCCUUGGUAGAAGAUUUAUUCUGUUCACUGGUGAGGCUGGAAAGAUCACUUCCCCCACCCCAACUACUGGAUGUUUUUAGAUCAAAUUUCUCAAAGAUAGGACACUUUGCCAAAGGAAGCAAUGCAGCUCCACUAGAGGAGAGCUCUGUAUGGAGAAAUAGGAAGGUGCUGCACUUGCCCAGUCUUAUUAUCAAAUGUUGGGUUGAAGGGUAGGCAGUGGCGGUUGAGAGAUGGGGAGCACAAACACAUUCUGGAUUUCGGGGGCAGGAUUCAGGGUGCAAUGGUGAGGUUUUCAUCAGCUGGGUUGGGGAGUAUUUGAGGUUAUUUCUCCACCAAACAGCAGAGAAACAAUGCCCACCUUCUUAGGGGUGAGUUUCAAACAACAGAAAAUGUCGAGGGCCUGCUCCAUUCCUCUCUCUACCUGCCAAAGAAUAUCCCAGAGGUGCUUAGGCAUAAUCUCUGGACAUGUUCAAGGAUACUUUGCAUUAAAGGCUAUUCAAGAUAA